AACUCGACUGUGCAGCGCAGUCAAGCAAAGCGGAAGCGGGAGCGAGCAGAGCAAAGGUGCGAUGGCGCCGACGGUGAAGGUCUACGGGUGGGCGAUGUCGCCGUUCGUGGCGCGCGCGCUGCUGUGCCUGGAGGAGGCCGGCGUCGAGUACGAGCUCGUCCCCAUGAGCCGCGAGGCCGGCGACCACCGCCAGCCGGACUUCCUCGCCCGAAACCCCUUCGGCCAGGUCCCCGUUCUCGAGGACGGCGACCUCACCAUCUUCGAAUCGCGCGCCGUCGCGAGGCACGUGCUGCGCAAGCACAAGCCGGAAUUGCUGGGCUCCGGCUCGCCGGAGUCGGCGGCGAUGGUGGAUGUGUGGCUGGAGGUGGAGGCCCACCAGCACCAGACCCCGGCGGGCACCAUCGUGAUGCAGUGCAUCCUCACCCCGUUCCUCGGCUGCCAGCGCGACCAGGCCGUCAUCGACGAGAACGCGGCAAAGCUGACCAAGCUGUUCGACGUGUACGAGGCGCGGCUGUCGGCGUCGAGGUACCUCGCCGGGGAUUCCCUCAGCCUCGCCGACCUCAGCCACUUCCCGCUCAUGCGCUACUUCAUGGACACCGAGUACGCGUCGCUGGUGGAUGAGCGCCCGCACGUGAAGGCGUGGUGGGAGGAGCUCAAGGCCAGGCCGGCGGCGAGGAGGGUGACGGAGUUCAUGCCGCCAAACUUCGGGUUCGGAAAGAAGCCAGAGGAGUGAAGACAAGAACGAGCACCGACCGAACGUGUUGUGUGGUCUGUGCGACCAUGGCUCAAUGUUUUGGGUUGUUUGUGUUCCACGCAUGAAUCUCUCCUUAAUUUAAUAAUAAAGCACGGAUUGGAUCUCCGAAUUCACCGUCA